AUGUCAAGCAGGAGGGGAUCAUCUACUGGCGCGGAGAGAUUUAUAGAAAUGUUGUUGGUGCUGUGUGUGUGUGUGGAGGCACGCCCUGCAAUCAAUGCUAGGACUGUUGAGGGCGCCCUUGGAUCCUGGCCAGAAACUCCUCUUCACUCUGUCCAUUCACCGCCAGCUCUUUUGUUUGUUUGUCCCUGUCUCUUUCUCCCAUGGUAUCCAGCUAGUGAAUCCUCCUCGUUUGCAGAGGUCAAGAAACAUACAGCUAACGAUUGGUUUGCGUGGCCGCUCGAGUUGCGUGGGAUCCGCUGUUCUAAAAGAGGCGAUAAUUGCCGAAUAUCGUCUGCUGUUCCAACUCGUUUUGGCGGCCGCAUUAUAAAUAGCAGGAGUACCGUUGUGUUUGGUGCUUCAUCUUUCUGGAGUUCUGGUAUUCUCAAACCAACUUCUCCCAAACGACUCUUACGCAGGCUAUCUAAUUGCUAUGUCUUCUUUCGAAGAGCUGCUCUCCCAGUAGACUGCUUGGCAUUUCUUUGCCUCUUAUUCGAGUCAAAUGGCCAGUCCAUCCUGCUCACAAAUGUUGUAAAACAUCGGGUUGUCGAUGUAUGCAUCAAAGAGCUUCCGUUUGCUCCUUCUUGUUUAUUCAUUGCCUAUCCUCCUGCUCCAUUAGUUGUGAUAUUAAAUGACCAGCGAAAAUAUAAUGACGAUACCUAUGUACCUAAGAGUGCGACCACGAUUGCUGUACCAGCAUAUCGGGAUGCUCAAGCCAAAAGCAAAAGCCUGUUCGAUAUCAGUUUCGCGAGGAGCGGGUCCCUAUUUUGGAUCCUACUCUGGUUUCAAACGAGGCCACGUGCGGUGUGGCUGUGUGGCAGCGGUGCGGGCGGGGAGCGGACUGGGGGCGGUCGUCGUGGCUCGGAGAGGACUGGCGGUGAGGCGGCGCACGCCCGAGCCGCCCCCGCCCCCCUCCUCCCCUCCCCGCUCCCCCUCCAAUUAGAUAUUGACAUAUCCCACCUCCUCCUCCUCCUCCUCAUCCUGUCUACGCUUAUAAUUAGUGCCCUUCACGUGUCGCCUCAUUAUCGAUGGUCCUUCUUCCCGAAUUUCGCCACGUCACGGCUCAGAUGA